AUGUCAAUUUUGUUAGUCUUGAACUCCCUGAUUUGCAUGGGUAUUUUCCUAUCUUCGUGUAUCAUUGCAACAGUGCUCCUAGUUCCGAUAAUGGCUAUGUCGCUGUUUUUCGCAACUGGUACCGUUGUCUGUGGAUUUUUCAGCAGCGCCCUAUUCAAGUUAGGACAGCGAAUCUAUUGCUCAGCAACAUUCUACAGCCGCCAGUCCCUCAGAUCCGUGGCAGACCAGAUUCCACUCUCCAACGGAAAGCAUGCACCUGCCUGUCAUGAGAGUCGCCCCAGUCUUUGGAUUUACAAUAAGCUUUCACAUCUCUUCCAAAGCAGAAAGUAUGCAGACUCGGAGCCAAUCAUCAUGAAAGCUAAAGACAGCCCUACUAUCGAUCUAAAAGUACUAAGUGUGCCCCACACUUGA